ACACACACACACACACACACACACGCAUCACAGACGGUUCCUCCCAUUUCUGGCAAAUAGAGGGACUAAAGUCGGCUGCCUCCACACAUAAGCAUAUCUCUCUGGCGGAUACGUUAAUGUUUUACUGACAGUUUAGUAAUAAAGAGCGUCGUUUUAAACGGAAGAGAUGUCGACAAGACCGGGAUUCUACCGGCAAGAACUAAACAAGACUGUCUGGGAGGUGCCAGAACGGUACCAGAAUCUCACACCGGUUGGAUCGGGGGCAUAUGGCUCAGUAUGGUGAGUCUAGCAGCUCAGCAUAUGAUGUGCGCCUUCGUCAGAAAGUGGCCGUCAAGAAGCUCUCCAGGCCUUUCCAGUCCCUCAUCCACAGCAGAAGAACGUACAGAGAACUGAGACUCCUCAAACACAUGAAACAUGAGAAUGUUAUUGGACUGCUGGAUGUUUUCACUCCAGCAGCUUCUCUUGAAGAAUUCAAUGAGGUAUAUCUUGUGACCAACCUGAUGGGAGCCGAUCUCAACAACAUUGUCAAAUUUCAGAGACUUUCAGAUGAACAUGUACAAUUCCUCAUUUAUCAACUUCUCCGGGGCCUUAAGUACAUCCAUUCAGCUGGGCUGAUCCACAGAGACUUAAAGCCAAGCAAUGUAGCGGUGAAUGAAGAUUGUGAACUCAGGGUGAGAAAAACUCUCCUUUUGAUUCUUUUGCAGUCUAUACACAGAAAAUACCUGAAUUACCACAGUGCAUUUCUUUUGUUAAUUUUUAUAUUUUUUAAUCAAAACUGUCAGAUCCUGGAUUUUGGAUUAGCCAGGCAGACAGAUGAUGAGAUGACGGGUUACGUGGCGACUCGUUGGUACCGAGCACCUGAGAUCAUGCUCAACUGGAUGCAUUACAACCAGACAGUGGAUAUCUGGUCUGUCGGAUGCAUCAUGGGUGAACUUCUAAAGGGGAAGGUUUUGUUUCCUGGCAACGAUUAUAUAGAUCAGCUCAAGAGAAUCAUGGAGGUUGUAGGCACUCCUACGCCUGACGUUUUGAAGAAGAUAUCCUCCGAACAUGCUCAGAAGUACAUCCAGUCUCUUCCACACAUGCCUCAGCAGGACCUGGAGAAGAUAUUUAGAGGAGCAAAUCCUCUGGCGGUUGAUCUGUUAAAAAAAAUGCUGGUGUUAGACUGUGAUGGGAGGAUUUCAGCCAGCGAAGCUCUGUGUCAUUCGUACUUUUCCCAAUACCACGAUCCUGAAGAUGAACCUGAGGCACCUCCGUAUGAUCAGACCCCUGAGAGCAAGGAUCGCACGCUGGAGGAGUGGAAGGAGCUGGUGUUUGAGGAAGUUAGCAAUUUUAAAGAUCCUCCCAAUAAACCUGAAAGUCUUCAGGCUGAACAAUAAAACUGAGCGUAACUACAAUCCAGGUAGAUGCCACUGUCUGUCUUUCAAACAUACAAACUACAGGACUGGUGGACAUACUGUAUGAACAGCUUGCAGUCCAACCAGAGACGAUGACUAUGUAUUUCCAAGGCAUGAUGCCCUUCCUGUAUGUGGGUGUGUGUUCAUACACACUUAAUUAAGAGCAAAACACGACUGGUAUUGUUUGAACAUAGACAAUGUAUUAAUAUUACAAGGUGCAUGUUGUGUGUAUGUGUGCAGAGUUGUGUUUUGAGUGUUUUUUUAUAUUUGAUGUGAGACAGGUGAAGCAGGGUAUGGUGUCUUUCAUAUGAAACCAAAACAAACUAAGCAGGAGGAGGAGAAAAAUGUGUUUACAAUAUUGGAUGGAGUAGGAUGUGUGUCUUAAAAAGCUCAUAUAUGCAUCAAUGUACAAAAGUCUCUGCAUAAAACUGAAUCAGUUACAUAAUCUGUCUUUACUCGUUUUGCAUCCGCAAGGCUAUCUGAAUAUAACAUACCUCAAAUGCAUCAUGUGUGUUCGCAUGGAACACACCUCAGGUGAAAAAGAAGUGAUUAAUAGUUGUUUAGUUACAGAAAACAUAUGGUGGUGGUAAAUCCCAUCCCAGCCACAAAUACUGUCUUUUCUUAACAAAAGGUUGAAAUAAAGGUUAACUAUUAGUUUA